AUGUUCGACGCCUUUCUGCGCUUCCGAGUCCCAGCCGGUCCUCCCAAGGAGCAGGGCCAACCAAAGCCUAACCAACAACCACAGAAGACCACCCUGCUCAACAUAACGCAAAUCCCACCCUGGUACGACCCAAACCCGUACAUCCUAUCCGGCUACCGCCCCCUCAGCAACUCCUGGCCACGCUCGCUCCACAGCUGGACAUACCUCCACAACGAAACAACGAAUAUUUUCUCGCACCUGAUCCCCGCCGUGAUACUCCUCCUCGUCCAUGGAUGGUUGUACGAAUAUCUCCGCGCCAGACACGGUGCCAAUCUCAAGCAGUUCGAUUACAUCGUUGUGUCCGCGCAGGUGCUAUCGGGGGUUAUCUGUCUGUUUGUCUCGGCGGUGUAUCACACGGGGCUUAAUCAUUCGGAACGUGUGGUGGGGGCGUGGUUAGGGUGUGAUUAUGCGGGGAUUCUGGGGUGUAUGGUGGGGUGUUUUGCGAGUGGGUUGCAUUUUGGGUUUUAUUGUAGACCCGGGUUGAAGUGGUUUUAUUGGGGGGUGAUCGUGGUGUUGUCCUCGAUGAACGCCAUGUUUCUAUUGAACCCGCGCUUCAAUGGCCCGGAAUGGCGUCGCGCUCGGCUGGCUGGUUUCAUUGGGACCGGGUUAUCUGCUUUUGCGCCGAUUGCACAUGCAUGGGCUCUCUGGGGUCCGGUGUGUCUCUGGAAUGUCGGGGUACCGCACUACCUUCUCGAAGGAUUGUUGUUGCUCAUCGGUUGCUGGUUCUGGGAAGUACGUCCUUCCGCCCUCCUCCCUACUUAUCUGGGAUGGUAUAUUGACCGAACGAAGAGAAGAUUCCCUGAAUCCAAAUAUCCCGGCAAAUUCGACAUCUGGGGCCACUCUCACACAACAUGGCACGUCUUCGUUACUCUCGCCAUUCUCGCGCAUAUCGCCGGUCUACUCAGUGCCAUAGAUUAUACCUAUUCCCAAGGAUGUCUUAUUCAUACCUAG